AUGGCGGAAGCCUCAACUAUUCACAAUCCGGAUUUAUUUCAAAACUUUAUGUCCACAAAAGGAACAUACUAUCUUAAUGGACUCGCAUCAUGCCAGGUUGGCGACCGCAUAAUGCAUCCCUUUGAAGCACAUGGACACUGCAAAUCGAUGGUCUUCGACGGUCAAGGCUCCCUACAUCUUACAUCUCAUCUGAUCGAAACACCUCUGACACAAAAAGAAAUUCAAACAAAUCAACCCGUUGCCCGGGGCGUCAUGUCGACUCUUGCUGAUCCUACCACCCUUUGGGGUAUGCUGCAGAAUGCCUUAUCCCCGACCGAGCGCGACACGGCCAAUUUGGUUGCAUCACUUUGGCCACCUCCGAGUGAAGCCACCGGUAUCACCACAAAUCCGCUGUUGAUAACAUGUACAGACAAUGGCGAGCCCUACGUACUGGACCCCAAAACGCUCAAAACAAAGGGGAAACUGACAGAAGUUGUACCAAAGCUAGGAUCCAUUUUGGACGGGAAAAAGUGUUUGGCACACACAAGGUACGAUCCCGUUCGCAAACAUUGGAUCCUUUGCGUAAACGAAAUGGAUAUACCUGGCGAAAACUACAUGGGCAACUCGACCAUGAUAUUCUACGAGCUGGACAUCAAUUUUGAUGUUGUAUCUUCUCGAUCGUAUACAACUCGAUUCAUGGUCUUUCAUGAUUGGGUGAUUACCGAAAACUACUACGUUGUGCCGCAGAAUCCGGCUCGAAUUAAAUGGGCAGAACUUGGCAAGUUUCUGCUGGGUGCCACGGUUGGGACAGAUAUUUUCGGAAUGGAAGAAGCCACCAAUGGGGCAUUUCUGCUCAUUCCACGACACGAUCCCAACCAACCGGUCCGAGUUGUGGAAACGGACGCCUUUUUCAAUCUCUUUCACUUUGGCCCCUGCUUCGAAAAGGACAAUGCGAUAGUAUUGCACGGUUCUGUGUUUGACCGAUACGAAUUUGGCGGGGAAAUGGGCUUUGAUGGUCCCACUCAAACGUUUGAUCCUAUUGCCUGGGGCUCAUCCGGUGGUAAGGCUCCACCACCCCGACUGGACAAAUUUGUCAUCGACAGUACAACGUUCGAGCUGACCGCAAAGACACGGAUUCCAAUUGUAGACCCCUUCUCGGGUCAAGACAUUCCGGUUGAUAUGCCAACUUUUCGUGGGGACGCCAUUGAAUGUCGGUACGCUUACUUUCUAGGCGCUUGCCGUCCAGAGGGUUGGUUUCCCUUCCGAUCCAUUGUCAAGUUGGACUUGGAAACGUACGAGACACACAAUUGGGAUGCCGGCGAGGAACAGGUCGUGAGCGAACCCAUGUGGGUGCCGAAAUCAUCGGAAGAAAACAAGCUUGACGAAGGCUUUGUGCUGAGUGUCGUACACGAUGCCGAAACAAAAUCCUGUCGAUUGAACGUUUGGGACGCGGUGACGUUUGAUCAAGGUCCGAUUGCGUCCGUACCUUUGGGAGCCUUGACACCCUGGUGCGUCCACGGCAGCUGGACGCCCGAGUACAAUCCAGGAAAGAUCAGUUGA